AUAUAAACAAAUAAUGAAACAGCCUAACCUAUAUACAGAGAUAGAGACUGAUGUGUUUACCGGGUUAUUAUUAAUGUUAUGAGUAGCAAUUAAUUUAAUUUAACUAAACGGACUGUUUAGCAGAUUUUGACGUGAACUGUACAAAGCAUCGAUAUGAGAUUGUAUUGUCUUAGCAGCCACCCUAACAAACCAUGCUACGUGCUCACGUUCAAGGGCAUCACCCUGAUGUUGGACUGCGGGCUGUCUGCCCACACGGCUCUCAACUUCCUGCCCUUGCCUCUCGUACACAGUGCUCGCCUCAGCAACCUACCUACCUGGAUGCCUCGGGAGAAUUCUGACCCUGAUCUUGAAGGGGAGCUGAAGGAAUGCAACGGUCGAGUAUUUGUGGAUUCCGCCCCUGAGUUCUGUCCACCAUUGGCAAAGGUUGUGGACUAUUCACAGAUCGAUGUCAUACUCAUUUCCAAUUACAUGUCCAUGCUGGCCCUGCCGUUCAUCACAGAGGGGACUGGCUUCGACGGUAUAGUCUACUGCACCGAACCCACCCUGCAGAUCGGAAGGCUGUACCUGGAAGAGUUGGUCCAGUUUAUCGAGCAGAGCCCAAAGGCUUCGCUGGCCUGCCACUGGAAGGAGUUCCUGCACCUGAUGCCUCAGCCAUUGUGUGAACCCAACAACAGACCUCGCAACUGGCAACAACUCUACAGUCUGGCUCAGGUGCAGAAGAGUCUGGCUCGCAUACAAGUCCUCGGCUACGACCAGAAGAUGGACGUGUACGGGUCAUUGCGGGUCACACCGGUCAGCUCUGGCUAUUGCUUGGGGAGCAGCAACUGGGUCAUCACCUCCGACCAUGAAAAGAUAACUUACGUCAGUGGCUCCUCCACCCUGACCACCCACCCUAGACCAAUGGAUCAGGCGUCACUCAAGCACAGCAAUGUCCUGAUAUUGACAGCUCUCACUCAGACCCCCAUAGCCAACCCUGACAGUAUGCUGGGGGAGUUGUGCAUGACUGUCGCCUCAACGAUCCGCAACAACGGCAGUGUGCUGAUCCCUUGCUACGCGGUCCGGACUGUCUAUGAUCUGUUUGAGUGUCUCUCUACACACCUGGACAAUGUGAACCUGGCCAAUGUGCCAAUGUUCUUUAUAUCACCCGUUGCUGACACCUCCAUAGCCUACUCCAACAUCCUGGCCGAGUGGUUAUCUCAAGCCAAACAAAACAAAGUGUAUCUGCCGGAGGAACCGUUUCCCCAUGCUCAACUCAUCAAGUCUGGGCGACUCAAGCACUUCAAACACAUUUACGACGAGGGCUUCAGCAAUGAUUUUCGACAGCCUUGUGUUGUGUUCUGUGGUCAUCCCAGCUUGAGAUUCGGAGAUGCUGUACACUUUGUGGAGAUGUGGGCGUCCAACCCACAACACACCAUUAUUUUUACAGGUAGAGAGUUAUUAUUACAUUGCACAGAGGGUUCCUCCCAAAAUUGA